UCUGCAGAGCUAGCAAGAAUGGCCACAGUCAAUCAAGAAGCAGCCUUCAGAGCAUGGGUAGAAAGAAAAAACAAAGAACACAGAGAAGCUCUGGCAGCAGAGAAAAGAGAAAUGGAGAGAGAAAGAAAAGCUUACCAAGAAAGAAUGGCUAAAGGAAGAGCUGCCUACAAGUCCUGGCUGAGAAAAGUGGAGCUGGAGGAUGAAGAAAUACACAGAGAAGCAAUAAGAAAGAGGCAGAAAGAUGCAAUGGAGAGAGAGAGCAGGAACAAAAGAGAGCUAGAGUCUGCAAGAGGUUACAGAGAAUGGAAGAGAAGGAAAGAAACUGAAGAAAAAAUAAGAAGAGCUGCCAAUGGAGACUACACAAUCGACCAAAGAAGCGAAACUCCAGCUCUCCCUGGCUACUUGAGUGUGUGGUCAUGUGACAGUCACAUGACUGAUUUAAUCACGUCAAGGGUCAAACGCCCACUCACUUACAGUCUGACUGAUCUUCGAGAUAAGUGGAAGCCUACGAUAGAGACAAAUUAAAUAAUUAUAAUUAUUAGUGAAUUUGUGCUUGCCUGUAUUAUAAUUGAAUGUAGAACAACAAUCUGGUGUAGACUAUCAAAAUAGUUUAUGACUUAAAUAAUAGCAAAAGUAAUAAAUAAAAUAAUAAUAAAAAUAAUAAUAAAACUAAUAGCAAGAGUACAUAAUAUUUAGAGCAAUGCAGCAGUAGCAAUUGCAGCAUUUACAGCAUA